UUUAUGGUCUUGGAUCCAAAUUUUUACUUAUUCCAAGUUUCUAUCAAAUUCAAGUAUAGAAGUCAUUGUUUCAUUUCUGCCAACCAGAAGUACGGAUACAUCGUCAAGUUGUAUCAUUGGUUUUUCUUUAAAGAAUUAAAACUGAAUUCCAUAGAAAACAUCCACAUGUAUACCCAGGAGCAAUUCUUCUUUUAUGAACUUCUUAAAGAUAUCCAGGAAGAUAUUCAUUUUUUAAAUGAUAAACCGGGCAAAGUUUACAUAACUUUAACGGAACAUUUGAAAAAUGUGAAUGCUAGAGUUCCUGAACCAUUCACAGAACAAGAACUUGUUAACAUGGAAGAAUGUAUAAGAGAUGCAGUAAAAGAUCUUACUGAUCUUGAUCUUAACACUUACCUUUGUACUGGAGUUGUUGUUUUAUCUGAAUAUUUAGAUUCCCCGGAGGAUAUGUUUGAAUAUAUUGGAAAAAAAAAGAGAGGCUUGUAAUUUAUUAGUACUCACAGUUUAUUAAAAAGUAAUUUUUUUAAAUAAUCUUCAUUUUUAUAAUACUUAGCUUAUAGUAAUAAUUAGGCAGGUAGAUUAUAUACAAAAGUAUUGAUUUGUGAAUGUCAAUAAUUAAUUGUGCGCUGAUCGGAAUGAAAUAGCAGAAUACAUUUUUUCAGAACAAAUACAAAUUACAUUUUAGUAGGUUCAUAAUGUCAUAAUAAAUUAUAGAUUACA